ACCCACUCCCUGCAAAUGAUCCACAAGCUCCUUGUUCUACUCUCAAGUCUCAACAGCUUUAGCCUCAUACCACCAAGAAUGGCGAUACUUGGAACUCACACAUCUUUUAUUUUUGGCCUUCUUGGUAACGUUGUGUCUUUCCUUGUUUAUUUGGCACCAUUGCCAACAUUCUACCGAAUUUUCAAGAAAAAAUCUACAGAAGGGUUCCAAUCAGUCCCAUAUUCUGUAGCACUGUUUAGUGCCAUGCUGACGUUGUACUAUGGGCUCCUGAAGCCUAAUGGAAUUUUGCUCAUAACCAUCAACUCAAUUGGAUGCGUCAUUGAAUCCUUCUACCUCAUCUUCUACAUGAUAUAUGCAACCAAAAGUUCCAAGACUUAUACGGCAAAGUUGCUAGUCUUUUUCAACUUUGGAGCAUUUGGAUUGGUUGCACUCUUCACCUACCUAUUCUCCACGGGUCAUCGACGAAUGACAAUUGUGGGAUGGACCUGUGCCGUCUUUUCUGUCUGUGUUUUUGCGGCUCCUCUUAGUGUCAUUAGGUUGGUCAUAAAAACAAAGAGCGCAGAAUACAUGCCAUUUCCACUCUCCGUCUGCCUCACAAUCUGUGCUGUUAUGUGGUUCAUGUAUGGCCUUUCUGUCGAGGAUUUCUUCGUCGCAACACCAAAUAUUUUGGGCCUAGCUUUUGGAGUGACACAGAUGAUAUUAUACAUCGUCUACAGAAAAAGAGGCAACGAAAUCAUGCCGGUAGUUCAUCCUAAAGAGGAAGCAAACGGAGUCCACAUGAGCAAUAUAGCUGACCAGCCAAGAAACAAUUCUGAUCGCCCACAACAAACUGAAGGAAUUUCAGAAUUGCCCAACACAACUAAUAUGCAACCAAGUGAAGAAAAUGUGUGAUCCAGGAGACGAACACACUUCAUACUCUGACGAGAUUAAUCGAUAGAUCGGAAUAUAAUUUUAUUUUUAUAGUUAACCUUAUGAAAAAAAGAAAAAAUAGCUUAUCAGUCAGCUUAAAUAUGCGUUCCAUAAUGUGAUUAUAUGGGUAUCUUACCUUUAAUCAAAUACAAAUUAUAAUUACUCCUCGAUGGUUUCAGCCAUAUUAAA